AUGGUUAAAGAGACAAAACUUUAUGAUUUACUCGGAGUAUCUCCAACUGCUAAUGAGCAAGAACUAAAAAAAGGUUAUAGAAAGGCUGCCUUGAAAUACCAUCCAGAUAAACCAACAGGUGACACUGAAAAGUUUAAAGAGAUAUCAGAGGCCUUCGAAAUUCUAAAUGAUUCUCAAAAAAGAGAAAUAUAUGAUCAAUAUGGUCUCGAAGCUGCUAGGUCUGGUGGUCCAAGCUUUGGUGCUGGUGGUCCAGGCGGUGCUGGUGGAGCUGGUGGCUUCCCUGGUGGAGCUGGUGGCUUCUCCGGUGGUCACGCCUUUAGCAAUGAAGAUGCUUUCAAUAUCUUUUCACAAUUCUUUGGUGGCAGCUCUCCCUUCGGUGGUGCUGAUGACAGCGGGUUUAGUUUCUCUAGUUACCCAUCUGGUGGAGGUGCUAGUAUGGGAGGUAUGCCCGGUGGUAUGGGAGGUAUGCCUGGUGGUAUGGGAGGAAUGCCUGGCGGAAUGGGAGGAAUGCAUGGUGGUAUGGGAGGAAUGCCUGGGGGUUUCAGAUCCGCAUCGAGCUCCCCUACGUAUCCGGAGGAAGAAACAGUUCAAGUGAAUUUACCAGUUAGUUUGGAGGAUUUAUUCGUUGGUAAAAAAAAAUCGUUUAAAAUUGGAAGAAAGGGUCCCCAUGGGGCUUCUGAAAAGACGCAAAUUGAUAUUCAAUUAAAACCGGGUUGGAAAGCAGGUACUAAAAUAACAUACAAGAAUCAAGGUGAUUACAAUCCCCAAACGGGCCGUAGAAAAACGUUACAGUUUGUCAUUCAAGAGAAAAGCCAUCCAAACUUUAAGAGGGACGGUGAUGAUCUUAUUUAUACUCUGCCACUGUCGUUUAAAGAAUCAUUGCUAGGUUUCUCAAAAACUAUCCAAACAAUUGAUGGCAGAACCUUACCUUUGUCAAGAGUACAACCUGUUCAACCUUCGCAAACUUCUACAUAUCCUGGCCAAGGUAUGCCAACCCCAAAGAACCCAUCUCAGAGAGGUAAUUUGAUUGUAAAAUAUAAAGUGGACUAUCCAAUAUCAUUAAACGACGCUCAGAAACGUGCUAUAGAUGAAAAUUUCUAA